GGGGCGGUGUUUUCCGGCUGCGGGCUGUCGCGCCCAGAGUCCCACCUGUGUCCCCACAGCCCUGUCACGAAUCCCGGUCGGGUUCAGGGAGGGACUGCCUCGGCGUUGUGGGCUGGGUGCGGCUCGGCGGUGGAGGACUCUCACUUCCUGCUCCAUCCCCGGCCGGGCCCCGGGGCGGUGAGUGACGCGGACAAGGAGACCGCUGCGGUAGCCUGGGAGCUGCCGAGGGGCGUGGAGGGGACUCGCCCGCCGCCGCGAUGUGGUCCCUGCCAGGUCCCCGCGCUCGCCUUUCGGAGCCCGCGGGGGUUUGCUGAAGAGUGGGGACAGGUGGCCGCGGCUUUCUGUGCCGUCGUCGGGAGAGCCCAUCCUCUCGAUCAAUGUUCUUGCUCCUCGGAGGUGGUCUCCGGGCUCCAGCUUAGCGCUGCGACCCUGUGACCGCGGCGCCCUGACGGGGCCUCUAGCACUGGCAGGGGAGGGCGGGGGGACGGGUGUCGGCCCACCGGUGCCGUCAUGUCCCUAUUAAUAACCCCAGCGAGCAAACUGGUGCUGCUCACAAUGGCACUUAGUCAGCACCUCUGCGCUCUGGGGCCUGCGGGGGUUACCUGUCGGGGUGGGGGAGGGGGGCAGGAGACGGGGUGAGAAACAAGGUUUCUGUGACCGUGGCUGUGAACCCCCAGUCCCGCUGUCUCCUGCAAGUGGGCCCAGCAGUUGUGUUUCCUAAUGGACGUGGAAAUAAAAUGUAUGCUCCAAACUUACCUCCUAAUGACGUUAUUUAAAUCCAGAGAGGAAAUGUAUCCCGGCGGUGUUUAGGUCCUUAAACAUUCAGUACUUUAUAAAUGACCGAUAGCAAUGUGCGGAAAUGCAUAAACGUUUCCAUGAAAAGUGUGAGUGUCUUCUAGUAGUACCCAGGUGCUUUGAUUGGUGAGACAAAAAACGGGGAAAGAGUUAAGCUUCCUCACUCCAGUCUGGUUCCAUCGCCCACUGAAAUGCAGAAUUUUUUGUAGCAGGUUCAGCUGGCUGACUUGUGUUUGUUUCUAUCGGAAACUCUUUAAGCCACCCCCACCCCCCAAAAAACACAAAAGACCCCAAAACAGAACCAAAAAAAAAAAAAAAAACCAUUAUAUUUCUUUGUGACUCCUAAUGCCUUACAACAUAUUACUGAGUAAAUUACUGAUCCAUCUAGUAAUCUGACCAUUGCCCUCCAAAUAAUUUUUUCUUGAUACUGCUGUCAGUUUUAUCAAUGUGUCAAUGAUUGUUUUCGGGCCCCAUGGGUUUUGUUUUGUGCUUAUCUUCAUUAAAUUUUACUUUAUUUUACAGCUUAUCCAUGUCUUUUUAAAUCUCAUUUCUGAUUCCAUUAAACCUUGAAAUAGAAUGGUACCCAGGGUCUUGUUCCUUGAGGUUGACACCAAAUCUACAAGCCAGGAAAAGUCAACUGUUCUCAUAACUAAUACGAGUAUAGUGAAGUCCACAAUUUUCUAGCUUGCCGAGGAAAAUGUAGCUGGAGAACUUUUCACAAAUCAAGUCAUCCCGACACAUUCUCUUCUUUGUUUAUCUUGUCCAUCGUGAACCAUUUAUUUCUCAAAAAGUUAAUUUUCCAAAGACUGAGGGUUCUGUAGAUGUGUUUGGGAGCUCCAGGCCUCACUUCAUGAUGUGAGUGUUGGCCAAGGGAAAGAUGACGUAAAAACAGAACAAGAAAAGCAACCCUUUGGUGGUUGACCGAAUUUACCUCAUAGCUAUUCUAGGCAAGGGGGGUUUUCUUUGGGUAUACUGGUGGCCGCUGGGACUGUCUUUUGGUUUUGAGACAAUGGUUAGAAUGGUUAGAAUGUCCAGAGAGCUUUUGAUGCAUACUGAGGUCUCUUGCUUUAGGAACUGAUGCCUCUCAAUGAUGUGGCUGGGGACUUCAGGGAAGAGUGGGUUACCUGGACACCGCUUAGAAAAUCCUAUUCAAGGAUACCACCCGGCACAGUUUGAAGAAUGGGCUCUCAAAGGGAUUUCCAGACCCAGUGUAAUCUCCCAGCUGGAACAGAAAGAAGUGCUACCAAUCCAAAAUUUUGAGGCAAGGAAGAUCCUAAGGGAAAGUCAUACAGACUUUGAGAAUCAGGUGACAAAACUCAAUCAGGACAUUUCAGAAACAGCAGAACAAUGUGGAACAUCCUCAGAAAGGGCCAAUAAAGAUAUUUCUCAUACUUCUAGAUGGGGAGGAAACUGGGAGAGGGACCUUGAAUUAGAAGGGCAACAUGGAACCCUACCAGGAGAGGGCCAACUGGAGCCGCUUCCACAGGAGAAGGAUUUAAACAAGCUGCUGGAUGGAUAUGUAGGAAAGAAGCCUGUGUGUGCAGAAUGUGGAAAAAGCUUUAACCAGAGCUCCUAUCUCAUAAGACACCUAAGAACCCAUACUGGUGAGAGGCCUUAUAAAUGCCUCGAGUGUGGGAAAGGCUUCAAACAGAGUUCAGACCUUGUCACCCAUCGCAGAACACACACAGGAGAGAAACCCUACCAAUGCAACGGGUGUGAGAAAAAAUUCAGCGACAGCUCUACACUCAUCAAACAUCAGAGAACUCACACAGGUGAGAGACCCUAUGGGUGCCCACAGUGUGGAAAGACCUUUGGGCGGAAGCCACACCUCAUAAUGCACCAAAGAACCCACACAGGAGAGAAGCCCUACACAUGUCUCGAAUGCCAUAAAAGCUUUAGUCGAAGCUCAAACUUCAUUACCCAUCAGAGGACCCACACGGGAGUGAAGCCUUACAGGUGUAGUGACUGUGGGGAAAGUUUUAGCCAGAGCUCAGACUUGGUUAAACACCAACGAACCCACACCGGAGAACGGCCCUUUAAGUGCCCAGAGUGUGGGAAGGGCUUUAGAGAUAGUUCUCACUUUGUAGCGCACAUGAGUACUCACUCAGGAGAAAGGCCUUUCAGCUGUCCUUACUGCCACAAAAGUUUCAGUCAGAGCUCACACCUGGUCACGCACCAGAGGACACACACAGGUGAGAGGCCAUUUAAGUGUGACAGCUGUGGGAAGGGAUUCGCCGACAGCUCUGCCCUCAUAAAACACCAACGGAUCCACACGGGGGAAAGACCCUACAAAUGUGGCGAGUGUGGGAAGAGCUUCAACCAGAGCUCCCACUUCAUUACUCAUCAACGAAUCCACUUAGGAGACAGGCCCUAUCACUGUCCCGAGUGUGGCAAAACCUUCAAUCAGCGUUCCCAUUUUCUCACACACCAGAGAACACAUACAGGAGAAAAACCUUUCCACUGUAGUAGAUGUGACAAGAGCUUCCGUCAGAAAGCACAUCUUUUAUGCCAUCAAAAUACCCAUUUGAUCUAGGAAAUGGUUUGAAGUGCUUCUUCUGCCCCUUUCCAGAUUUUCAUUUCUGUUGUCUUCAGGUGCUCCAUAUAUAGAAAGCCUGAACAUGGGCAUCAGUGGCUCAAGUUGGGCCUUUUCCUACGCUUUAAUGGUGAGGAUAAACCCAUAGGCCACAAAUAAUGUUUUGAAUACAAAAGACAUUCCUUCAGUGUUUUUAACUGACCUUAGGGAAAUGUGAGUUUGAUGGUUGAUGCUUGAUUACUAAAAGAGGAGUGAGAUAUAUGUGGCCACAUUACCACUAUUAAUGAUUAAUAUUUGAAAUCGUAUAAGCCCUUAAUACUAUGUAACACCUGGCCCUUAAACGACCCUCAAUACGUUUAUUAGCCUUAUGAUUCAAUAAGAAUUCAUUAGCGCAGCCCCACAAAUCCAGAACUUGCAAGAAAUUAGAUUGCAACUAGAGGAUUUGGGGUAUGAACACAAAAGAUUUAAUAAAACAGAAAACACUCUCCCUAUCCAGUGCUAUGCAGACGUUAGUCACCAGAUGUCUCAUUGCCAUGGCAAGGCAGAAUUCUCAUAGAGGAUGUCUGUGGUCUUGUGACUUCAAGGCCGAAAGAAUUUCAGAAGCUCUUUGUACACCAGUGUAUGAGGUACUCCCACUGGAGGUUUGCUGCCAUCUGAGGCAUAGAAAAUAUCUGGCGGUGAACAAGCCAGAAGAGGCUGGAAGAGGACUGUAAAACGAUGGAAGCAAAAUUGCGGAGACGUUAAAUAUCACAGGGAUCCUUCCUGGCAUUUAGCUGAGGGGAACAACUCCUGUUUCCUAAUCACCUGGCUCAUGGGCCCUUUAGUUUUAAGUUUAAUGCAACUCUGAUUUUUUUUAGAAUCAUUCAUUUUAUGCACUAGUACAUUCCUAUAUUUAAUGGAAAUAAAUUGAGGGAAGGCAGUGUGUUGGAAAGAACACUGCCUCCAUUGAGAAGGGGGGUGUUUGAGCGCUGGCCCUGACAUUUAAUUUGGCCAGACUUUACCUUCUCUCAGCCUCUACCUUACUUACCUCACAAGGUUGUUGUGAGGAUCUAAGGCGUGUGUGCGCGCACACACACACACAAGCACUUUUUUGUUAAAUUAUAAAGUAAUAAUAUCUCUAAAAUUCAAUGUUCUGGUAUUGGUGGAAAUGUCUUUCCUCCAAGGAACUCUGGCUAUUAUUUCUCCAGGUGUCCCAUUUUCUUCAUAAUAACAGCUUUCUUUCUUUACCUGUUGAAAACCUAAGGCCCCAAAUCGCCGAACAAUGCAUUGUGGGUACACAGGUGACAGAAGAGCCAAAAUUUGGCUGCAGGUCUCCUCUACAACAGCAGAGAACGGACCGCCUCUGAGAUCUGCUAGAGUCUCUGAGACACUGCAUGCAGGACUGGAUGCCCCAUAUUAUAUGCAUCAACCUGUUUUGAAUUUGAAUUUGAAAUGAUGGAGGGAUGUAGCCUAAGUUCCAGGGAGCCUUACAGGAUCCUGUGCUGGGGAGUGGGAGGGGAAGGGUAGACACAAGUGGUUACGGAGGGAGCUAGGUUUGUCACACUUGGAGAGAAAAGAGGUGAGCUGAAGGUAUUCUUCUUUCAAGCCUUCCUGUGGCAAUACAGACUAAAUUAUCGGGUGAGCCUUGGAACAAGAGUUCAUUUUCUUUCAUUAUAUGGAAUGCUGUCCAAGUGCUGUAACCCAGGGGGAUAGAACUCAGCUGAUAACCUAAGCUCUUUCUUUGAAAGAGUAAUUAGAUUUAAAAAAUCUGGUUAAUCCGGUGCAGCGGUUCUCAAGAUGUGAGCCCAGACCAGCAGCAUUAGUGUCACCUGAGAACUUGCUAGAAACCCACCCCAGAGCUGCUGAAUCAGAAACUAGGCGUGGGGCUCAGCAAUAUGUGUUUCAAUAAGCUCUCCAGGUGAUGGUGAUACAUGCUCUGACUUUGAGAACCACUGUUUUAAAAGGUGUGUCUCCUAUUAAACACAGCUGCAAUACUAUUAUUUCUCCUGAAAAAAAAUGAGCAGUGAUUGACAGUAUCAUCAAAUAUUUCAGUCAAUGUUCACAUGUCCCUAGUUAUGUUUUUUGCUUUUGUUGCUGUUUUUUAGUUUGUUUGAAUCAAAAUCCAAAUAAGGUCUCCAUAUCAAUUGGUUGGUAUGUUCCUUACAAGUCUUGCUCUGUUCCCCUCUUCCUCUGUUUUAUUCUUGUAACUUAUUUGUUGAAGAAAGCUGGUUGUCCUGUGGUGGCCCCCCAGCUCUGUGUUUGGCCAAUUCUAUCCUCUGGGGUCCUUUAACGUGCUCCUCUAUCCUCUGCUUCCCCCACCCUUUUUUCUAAAAGAUUUUUUUUAUUUAUU